AAAAUUAAAUCUCCAUUUCUCCUCCAUCUUUCUGUCGCCGCGAAAUUGCCGCCGCGUCUUUUAGCGCCGCUGUGACCUCCGCCUUUGCCACCUUGCUUCUAUGUCCAGUUUAUUGUCUUCUCCCUUCUCCAACUCCAUCAAUUUGAAGCUCAAGUUCAAGCAAGAAAUUCAUUCGCUUAAUAUUACUGUGAACCGAGGUGUAAAAGACCCAAGCUCAAGCUACAAAGGAAGGAAUAAGGUUCAAGAGUGAGAGAAUAAGUAAAUCGAAGUUGUUGGGCAUGCAAAGACGACUACCCGUCUGUAAGGGUGGGAUUUCUUUAGACUAUCUGUCAAGGUCAAGUUGCAUCCUCUUCCAUUGUUAUAGUGUGAGAUGCACUAGAAAUUUGGGUUGUGGCAAUAAUGAAAGAACCAGAGAGAUUGAUGUUGAGGGGCUAUUUAGAGCUUGCAAAAAAUCUGAGGAUAUCAAGCACCUUCAUGCUCUCCUUACUGUAUCAGGGAAAGCUAAAAGCUCAUUUGUCGCCACCAGGCUUAUCAAUAUGCAUUCCUAUUUUGGCAAUGUUUCCUUGUCUCGGUAUACUUUUGAUCAAGUCCGAGACAAGGAUUCUUACACUUGGAACUCAAUGAUAUCUGCUUAUGUCCGAAAUCACCAGUCCAGUAAAGCAGUGAAAUGUGCAUUUGAGAUGUUGUCAAGAACUGAUGUUAGACCUGAUUUUCAUACUUUCCCCCCUGUGUUGAAAGCUUGUAGUGCUCUAAUUGACGGGACAAGCUUGCAUUGCUGUAUUUUGAAAUCAGGGUUGGAAUGGGAUAUUUUUGUGGCUUCUUCCUUGGUGCAUAUGUAUUGCCGUUUUGGAUUUGCUGGUAAAGCAUAUACAAUUUUCAAGGACAUGCCAUUUCGUGAUACAGGAUGUUGGAAUUCUAUGAUUUCUGGAUUUUUCCAGAAUGAUAAUGCUAAAGAGGCAUUAAGUAUCUUGGAUGACAUGAUACUAGAGGGAGUGAAGAUGGAUUCAGUGACCGUUGCUACUAUACUCUCAGUUUGUGCGCAACUGAAUGACUUAUUGAGGGGAAUGUUGAUCCAUUUAUUUGUCAUUAAACAUGGUUUGGAGUUUAAUGUAUUUGUUUCCAAUGCCUUGAUUAAUAUGUAUGCCAAAUUUGGUGAAUUAAAAUGUGUCCUAAACGUCUUUGACCAUAUGCAUGUCAGAGAUAUAGUGUCAUGGAACUCCAUAAUUGCAGCAUAUGAGCAAAAUAAUCAUCCAUAUGUUGCAAUCAAGUUCUUCCAUCGGAUGCAAGCGAAUAAAGUUCAACCAGAUUUGCUGACUGUAGUCAGCUUGUCUUCCUGUGUUGCUCAAAUGAAGGACCCUUUAUGGGUUAAAUCUGUUCAUGGAUUCAUCACAAGGAAGUGUUGGAUCACCGAAGAUAUAGUGAUUGGAAAUGGAGUUAUUGACAUGUAUGCCAAAUUAGGCAUUACUGAUUCUGCACGGAAGGUUUUUGAGAGACUUUCUCAUAAAGAUAUGAUCUCGUGGAAUACAAUGAUCACGGGCUAUGCUCAAAAUGGUCUUGCUGCUGAUGCUGUUGAGGUAUACAAUUGGAUGAAAGGAAAUGAGGAUUUGAAACCUAACCAAGGAACACGGGUCGCCAUUUUACCGGCAUAUUCUCAUCUUGGAGCUUUGAAAGAUGGAAUGAAAAUCCAUGGUCAGGUGCUCAAAGAAAACCUUGAGUUGGAUGUCUUUGUCGGUACUUGUCUUGUUGACCUGUAUGGAAAAUGUGGGAGGUUGAGUGAAGCGAUAUCCUUAUUUUAUCAGGUAUCUAGGGAAACCUCUGUACCUUGGAAUACCAUUAUCUCAUGUCAUGGACUUCAUGGACUUGGAGAGACAUCAUUGAAAUUUUUUGAGGAAAUGUUAAACGAAGGAGUGAAGCCAGAUCACGUGACCUUUUUAUCUUUAUUGAAUGCUUGUAGCCAUUCCGGUUUGGUAGAUCAGGGAAAAUGGUGUUUUCAAGUGAUGCAGCAAGAAUAUAAAAUGAUGCCUACUUUGAAGCACUAUGGUUGUAUGGUAGACAUGUUUGGCAGGGCUGGACUUUUAGAAACUGCAUAUAACUUCAUUGAGAGCAUGCCUAUGAAACCUGACGCGUCAGUAUGGGGAGCUCUACUUGGCGCUUGCAGAAUCCACGGAAAUGUGGAGAUGGGUAGAAAAGCCUCGAGUUACUUGUUUGAACUUGAUUCACAAGAUGCUGGACACUAUGUUUUGCUGUCCAAUCUUUAUGCAAACUUUGGACGAUGGGAAGGGGUGAAUGAAGUGAGAUCACUGGCUCGGGAUAGAGGCUUGUGGAAGACUCCAGGGUGGAGCUCAAUUGAACUGAAUAAGAAGAUAGAAGUCUUUUAUUCAGGCAAUCAGUCUGACCCACAGUAUGAAAAGAUACUUGAAGAACUAGGAAAAAUAAAUGCUAAGAUAAAAGGCCUUGGUUAUACCCCCGACACUAGUUUUGUACUACAGGACGUUGAAGUGGAUGAGAAAGAAAAUAUCCUUGCACACCACAGCGAAAGAUUGGCUAUUAUCUUUGGCAUUCUCAACACACCACCUAAAACUUGUAUUAGGAUAUACAAGAAUCUGCGUGUAUGUGGGGACUGUCAUAGUUUCACAAAGCUCAUAUCAAAACUCACAGAAAGAGAUAUUAUCGUGAGGGAUUCUAAUCGUUUCCACCACUUCAAAGAUGGGCUUUGUUCCUGUGGUGAUUAUUGGUGACAUGUUGAAUAGUUGUCUGAAUUGAAAAUCUCCAUUGAUAUUGUUAUCUGUUCAAGAAGACAAGAAGUUCCCGAUAUAUCAUGUAAGUAUUCUGCUUUCCUUUGGCUUGGCCUGUGAAUAUAAUAUCGUCUUGUUCCUGGAUACGGAUACAGGGGGAAUGGGGGAUGCAUGUGCAAGGUUUAGCCUAUUUUGGUGCUCUGUCUAUUGAAAUGAGCGGGUGGAAAGUUUACAAGCGAGGAAAAAGGGAAAUUGUUUGGCCAGAAGAAUCCGUCAACGGGAGAGAAUCCUAACGGAUGGAGAAGAAUCAGGGAUGGAGAAGAAUCAGGGAGGCGUUUGUUUGGCCAGACAUAAAGGAGAAUCAUAACUGAUGGAGAAUAAUCAGGGAGGAGCAAAUCUCGGCAUUUGUAAUUCAAUUCCUAUCUUUUAGCAGUUAUUAUUAUAUUGUUAUUUCCUAGUUUAGUGUUUGGAAUCACCUAUUUAUAGGGACAUACGUAGAUGAUACAAUCAUCUUUGGGGAGAUCAAGCAUAGGACGAUUUAUAUCGUUAGGCCUCCUGCGUGAGGAAUUCAGUUGUCAUUUCUUGUUGUUCUUUCAUUCCAAAUUCAAUAAAGCCGAGUUCCAUUCCCACAAA